AUGACAAACACCUUGUCAGUCACUGCCACUUCAACUGUCAGUGUCACCGCCACCACCACGUCCACUGCAUCUUCGUCUUCAACAAGAACUGCCUCCAGCACAACUUCAGCGACCGCCACGUCCACUGCAUCUUCGUCUUCAACAAGAACUGCCACCAGCACAAUUUCAGCCACCGCCACGUCCGCUACAUCUUCAUCCUCAACAAGAACUACUGCCACCAGCACCGUUUCAGACAGCACAACAUCCAUUACAUCUUCAUCUUCAACAAGAACGGCCACCAGCACGAUUUCAGGCACUGCUAGCUCCACUGUCAGCUUUACUCUUACAGGCACCGCCACGUCCACUACAUCUUCAUCCUCCACAAGAACUGCUACCAGCACAAUUUCAAGUACAGCUACUUCCACCCGAAGCAAUACUGUUACCGGUUCUUCCAGUACUGGAACUGUUACCAGAACAGUGUCAGUCACAGCCACUUCCACGACGAGCAGAUCAGCAACCACUUCUGGGACAACAUCGAGCGCGCGGGUUUCAAGCUCGACAUCGACGGUGUCCCAAACGUCGACCUCGCUGUCGUCCACAAGCUCCACAGCCGAUGGGAGCUUCACCAGUAGCAGUGCCAGCAGCACCACCACAACCACCACAGAACAUCGAGCAGUUGUCGGCCAUGCGUCCUUUACAGACCUGGACCCUGCACCCUACCAGCUGAAUGGCACUCUGACGUGGGUGCCGCCGACGGACACAUCACCAUAUCUCCACUAUGGCGUGUGGCUUCUCACAAGGAAGGACUACUCCUCAUCUGUGUAUGAGAUCUUCUUGACCGGAAGCCAGGUGAACGACCCAUCGACACCCGAAGGUAAUGUGCCACUGGGGACACAUCAGCUGGCCUUUGCGCAAACGCGUGAUUUGGGCUCCAACGGUUAUGCUCAGUACCUCGCGGUGAUUCCGAACCGCCAGAAUAAUGACAUGGUAGCGUCGUUCAACGAGGCAGGUUUCCUGAGCAUCGCGGACUCUGAGCUCAGUUUAGGAGCAGUACAGGUUCAGUCCGUCAAUUUCUCGGACGCGGACAGCGUCGCAACCUACAUUGGAGGGCAAGUGACGUGGACUCGCCAAGACAACGUGGACUACGGAUUCGUGGAGGCCUUCUCCGUGUACCUGGCAGAUGAUGCCUCCGGAAGCAACGAGAGCUUUGUGGCCUCGACAAGCUCAAAUGAUUUGCAGCUUACCAUUCCGGCGGGCACGCGCGCCGGUGGUCGGUCUUUUUUGCUCGUCUACUGCGAGAACGCACUUGGCCGGGCCACGUCGGGUGCCAGUGUCCACUUCUCCGAUUGGGCCCUCAGCUUGCCCUCCACGACCACGUCCCUAGCAACCACAACAACAUCUUCACAGAGCCUCACGAACACAGUGCUGACCAGUAGGACGUCGACAUCAUCCCGCGCAUUUCUGAGCAGCUCCACAACUUCCUACACAUCCACGACCGCAACGUCGACAAGGCAAACGAGCUCAAGCUUGUCAGUCCUGGUCAGCACAACUACCUUCACUUCCAGCACAACAAACGGUGCUACUCUUCAAUUGCACACCAGCACCACCAACACCGUCACAACGUUUGACCCACUCCUCACUUUUGGCAAUCUGUCCUUCAUAGACUUGGGCUCUGAAGCGUACCAGCUAAAUGGCACUUUUGCUUGGACACCACCAGCAAACACGUCGGAAUAUUUGCACUACAGCGUGUGGCUUCUCACAAGGAAGGACUACUCCACAUCUGUGUAUGAGAUCUUCUUGACCGGAAGCCAGGUGAACGACCCAUCCACACCAGAAGGAGAUGUGCCACUGGGGAAACACGAACUUACCUUCACGCAAACGCGCGACUUGGGUUCCAAUGGUUAUGCCCAGUACUUCGCGGUGAUUCCGAACCGCAAGGAUAAUGACAUGGUCACGUCCUUCAACGAGGCAGGUUUCCUGAGCAUCGUGGACUUUCCGCUCAUGAGUUUAGGAGCACUACAAGUUCAGUCCGUCACGUUCUCGGACGAGGACAGCGUCGCAACAUACAUUGGAGGGCAAGUGACGUGGACUCGCCAAGACAACGUGGACUACGGAUUUGCCUUCUCCGUGUACCUGGCAGAUGAUGCCUCCGGAAGCAACGAGAGCUUUGUGGCCUCGACAAGCUCAAAUGAUUUGCAGCUUGCCAUUCCGGCGGGCACGCACGCCGGUGGUCGGUCUUUUUUGCUCGUCUACUGCGAGAACGCACUUGGCCGGGCCACGUCGGGUGCCAGUGUCCACUUCUCCGAUUGGGCCUUCAGCUUGCCAUCCACAACCGGGACAGGUACCACGUCUGCUGAGACCACACAGACAAGCAGCACUAGCCAGGGCAUGGUCUCCACGUCCACGCAAGCAGAUGAGCUGGGCAGUGAGAACACUUUCGGCAAUCUGUCCUUCAUAGACUUGGGCUCUGAAGCGUACCAGCUAAAUGGCACUUUUGCUUGGACACCACCAGCAAACACGUCGGAAUAUUUGCACUACAGCGUGUGGCUUCUCACAAGGAAGGACUACUCCACAUCUGUGUAUGAGAUCUUCUUGACCGGAAGCCAGGUGAACGACCCAUCCACACCAGAAGGAGAUGUGCCACUGGGGAAACACGAACUUACCUUCACGCAAACGCGCGACUUGGGUUCCAAUGGUUAUGCCCAGUACUUCGCGGUGAUUCCGAACCGCAAGGAUAAUGACACGGUCAUGUCGUUCAACGAGGCAGGUUUCCUGAGCAUCGUGGACUUUCCGCUCAUGAGUUUAGGAGCACUACAAGUUCAGUCCGUCACGUUCUCGGACGAGGACAGCGUCGCAACAUACAUUGGAGGGCAAGUGACGUGGACUCGCCAAGACAACGUGGACUACGGAUUUGUGGAGGCCUUCUCCGUGUACCUGGCAGAUGAUGCCUCCGGAAGCAACGAGAGCUUUGUGGCCUCGACAAGCUCAAAUGAUUUGCGGCUUGCCAUUCCGGCGGGCACGCACGCCGGUGGUCGGUCUUUUUUGCUCGUCUACUGCGAGAACGCACUUGGCCGGGCCACGUCGGGUGCCAGUGUCCACUUCUCCGAUUGGGCCUUCAGCUUGCCAUCCACAACCGGGACAGGUACCACGUCUGCUGAGACCACACAGACAAGCAGCACCAGCGAGGGCAUGGUCUCCACGUCCACGCAAGCAGAUGGGCUGGGCAGUGAGAACACUUUCGGCGAUCUGUCCUUCAUCGACCUGGGCGCUGAAGCCUACCAGCUAAAUGGCACUUUUGCUUGGACACCACCAGCAAACACGUCGGAAUAUUUGCACUACAGCGUGUGGCUUCUCACAAGGAAGGACUACUCCACAUCUGUGUAUGAGAUCUUCUUGACCGGAAGCCAGGUGAACGACCCAUCGACACCAGAAGGAGAUGUGCCACUGGGGAAACACGAACUUACCUUCACGCAAUCGCGCGACUUGGGUUCCAAUGGUUAUGCCCAGUACUUCGCGGUGAUUCCGAACCGCAAGGAUAAUGACAUGGUCACGUCCUUCAACGAGGCAGGUUUCCUGAGCAUCGUGGACUUUCCGCUCAUGAGUUUAGGAGCACUACAAGUUCAGUCCGUCACGUUCUCGGACGAGGACAGCGUCGCAACAUACAUUGGAGGGCAAGUGACGUGGACUCGCCAAGACAACGUGGACUACGGAUUUGUGGAGGCCUUCUCCGUGUACCUGGCAGAUGAUGCCUCCGGAAGCAACGAGAGCUUUGUGGCCUCGACAAGCUCAAAUGAUUUGCGGCUUGCCAUUCCGGCGGGCACGCACGCCGGUGGUCGGUCUUUUUUGCUCGUCUACUGCGAGAACGCACUUGGCCGGGCCACGUCGGGUGCCAGUGUCCACUUCUCCGAUUGGGCCCUCAGCUUGCCAUCCACAACCGGGACAGGUACCACGUCUGCUGAGACCACACAGACAAGCAGCACUAGCCAGGGCAUGGUCUCCACGUCCACGCAAGCAGAUGAACUGGGCAGUGAGAACACUUUCGGCAAUCUGUCCUUCAUAGACUUGGGCGCUGAAGCCUACCAGCUAAAUGGCACUUUUGCUUGGACACCACCAGCAAACACGUCGGAAUAUUUGCACUACAGCGUGUGGCUUCUGACAAGGAAGGACUACUCCUCAUCUGUGUAUGAGAUCUUCUUGACCGGAAGCCAGGUGAACGACCCAUCGACACCAGAAGGAGAUGUGCCACUGGGGAAACACGAACUUACCUUUGCGCAAUCGCGCGACUUGGGUUCCAAUGGUUAUGCCCAGUACUUCGCGGUGAUUCCGAACCGCAAGGAUAAUGACAUGGUCACGUCCUUCAACGAGGCAGGUUUCCUGAGCAUCGUGGACUUUCCGCUCAUGAGUUUAGGAGCACUACAAGUUCAGUCCGUCACGUUCUCGGACGAGGACAGCGUCGCAACAUACAUUGGAGGGCAAGUGGCGUGGACUCGCCAAGACAACGUGGACUACGGAUUUGUGGAGGCCUUCUCCGUGUACCUGGCAGAUGAUGCCUCCGGAAGCAACGAGAGCUUUGUGGCCUCGACAAGCUCAAAUGAUUUGCGGCUUGCCAUUCCGGCGGGCACGCACGCCGGUGGUCGGUCUUUUUUGCUCGUCUACUGCGAGAACGCACUUGGCCGGGCCACGUCGGGUGCCAGUGUCCACUUCUCCGAUUGGGCCCUCAGCUUGCCAUCCACAACCGGGACGAGGACCUUCACUUCAACUCAGAGUACCUCAACUGCCGCAAUCGCGACCACCUUCGAAGGAGGGGACGACCAGAUGGCAGCCUCAAGUGUGGCCAUCGUCAUCAUGGGCGUUGUGGGCUGUGUGGCCGGCAUCCUAUGCCUCCUGCCCGCCUGCGGGUUGGCCUAUGGCAUCAAGGAGGGCCGGGCCCAAGCCCAAGGACAUGGAGCCCGCGCUGCCCGUAGUGCCCGCGGCGAGCGGGAGCGCCGAAAGGCGGUGGAGACGACCCGAGUCGAGGCCUGGAAAGAGGCGGCGCCAAAGGCAGUGCCAGCACAGAACACGCUCCAAGGUUUGCGCGGUGGGCGCGCCGUACAUGCCCUGCGUCGCGCGCUGACCCGGUCCCAGCGCACACAGCAGCGACUGGACCUGCAGAACCUGGGCUUCGGCACUUACCUCCCGUCAGGCGCAUCGGGCGCACGUGCUGCACAUGCGCAGCCCGAGGCGGAGCCCGAGGUGAGCGGGGAGGAUGCGGAGGCCUGGGCCUGGACCUUGCGGAAUGCCGGCCGGGCGCGCGAGGCGAGAGCGUGGCCGGAGCCCCACACAGAGCCCCGCCGGGGGCGCACCAUGCGGCCGAUAGGUGGGCCGAUGGCUGGAUGCGAGCUGGAGAUGGAUCUGAGCUUGUUGGAUGCAUAG